GGGAUCUCCUUAUCUGAGUCUGUGUCUGCAGUGCUUUGCCUUGCUUGGGUUUGGUAUGGUUAAACGUUGUUCGUGGAACAUUAAACUUUGUUGCUUAUUGAAAUAUUUUUGCUCUAUCUUACUCCUUCUUGUCUUCAGACGGCAAUCAGAAGAACAAGCUCUGAAUCUUGACCAGGUUUCGAGUAAACUCUGAAUCAGAACAGAACCUCUUCUGGAAUUGGAUCUACAUUUACUUGCUUACUCGCUUCCUACACUCGAUCUCUCUUUGUAGCUGGCUGCCCUCGUGAUACCCACCUUUGUCGCACCACCCUCUUCCUCUUCUACUUGAUCUGAUCUACCUUAUCUAAACUUCUUCUCAUUCUCCUUCUCCUUCUCGAUUUACCCUCUUCAACUCCUUCGAAAACGACGACGAUGCCGCUGCUGGCUUCAACCUCAAUCGCCGCUGCGGCGCAUGCGUUACCGGUCACGUUGGCUCUGUCGGGCAUUUUUGGUAGCAUCAGCUUGACCUCUUGGAUAUGUCUCCUCGUGCGUCCCUCUCUCUUCUCUCAUUCGCGCGUCCUUGUGUUGCAUUCGCAUCCGCGAUCUCAAUUGCAUGCGCGACCCUUAAUUCUCCCCCAUCUUGGCUAACGAUGCUCUGCAGUUACCCCAAUUGUUCGCCAAUUACAAGGCCAAGAGCGCCGAUGGCCUCAGCAUGGCCUUUCUGGUCGUCUGGCUCUUGGGCGAUAUCACAAAUCUCAUCGGAGCCUUGUUCACCCACCUAGCUCCCACUGCAAUUGCCCUGGCAGGAUACUUCUGCAUUGCCGAUAUCGUCCUCAUCGGCCAGGCCGUCUACUACAAUGCCCUUAAUGCCCGCCGAGCGAGUCGCGCCGGGGAACGUCGAUCAAGUGAUCCUACAGAAGAGUCUCCUCUGAUCAACGGGUCCCGUAGACGCAGCUCUUCUUUUGGCCUCCCUGGGUCUCAGCGCCGCCAUGCGACACAUACCGAGUCCUCGAUGGACCCAUUGAGGAAGAUUGUGACAGGCGAAGACGAAACCCCCGAUAGCAAGCCUUGGCUUCACAACACCCUGAGCCUGCUCGCUGUAUACGUCAUUGGGUUCGCUGGCUGGUUUGUCUCGUACAAGGUCGGUGCCUGGGAGAGCGGUGACCCUGGUACCCCCGACGCGCCUGAGGAGGCCCAGAGCCCAAUGGAGCUUGCUGGACUUAUUCUGGGAUACAUCAGCGCAGCGCUCUAUCUCUGUGCUCGAAUUCCCCAAAUUAUCAAGAACCAUCGGGAAAAGUCAUGCGAGGGUAUGUUGAUCCAUGCUUGCAGUCAAUGGACGAGACUAAUAAUCUGCAGGUCUCGCAUUGCUUUUCUUUAUGCUCUCAAUGAGCGGAAACCUCACUUAUGGUAUCAGCCUGGUAGCCUACUCCCAAGACAAGAAGUACUUGCUGAACGCGCUUCCUUGGUUGCUUGGCUCUCUGGGCACCAUUGCUGAGGAUCUCAUCAUCUUCGUCCAGUUCCGAAUUUACUCCAACGAUGAACGAGAGAGCGCAAUUGAACCUUAAAUCGCGAUCGACAAGACAAGACAUGGCAAUCAAGUUUUGAGACGGACGGAGGGAGGUUUUUGGAGGUUCUAAUGUGCAUGAACUGGCGUUUCAUUCAUUCAUAUGCGUUGCAUUUGAGAAAUUGGUUACAUGAAGGAAGGGUGAAGCUUGAACAAGCUCACAAUCAAUACUGGGACAUCCUCGGGAUAGAGGUGCAUGACAUAAUGCUUCGGGUCGAAUUAUAACUCUUCGGAGGGUUUUUCUUACUUAUCAGUUCAAUGAGUCUUUUAAAAUGUGUUUUGCCAGUCAUUAAUAAACGUUCUAGAUGCGACCAAUUGAAAAACUGAAGCUUUUAAUUCGACGAUAAA